CGGCUCUCGUGGCAGCGGGAGGUGGCGGAUGCGGUUUUGAGCUCCGAGGCAAAGAUGUGCGCUGCUGGGAGGGAGGUCCCCGGCCUUUGAGGUUGCUGAAAAGUGCCUUUCCUGAAGCCACCGCUGCUUGGAUUUCUGUCUAGGGCUGCCUCUCUCUGCCCCUCGUCCCCCCCUCUCUUUUUCAUUCGGCGUUGCUUGCGGUUCGUGCCCCGACGGCAACUCCUCCAGCCUUGCCCUGGUUUUGGUUUUGUGGUGUUUUGUUGGUUUUUUGGGGUUGUUUUUUUUUUCUGCCUCCCCGUUAACACGCAGUUUGCUCAGCCAUUUUUCUUUUUUUUUUUUUUCCCCCCCCUUCCCCGAGUAUGUAGCAAAAAAUUGAAAAGAAAAGAAAAAGGAAGAAAAAAAAAGAAAACAAACAAACCAACCAGACGACCUUUUGCUCUUUUUGAUGCUCGCGAACCGUAAUUUUUAGAAGCAAGAAAUAGAAGGAAAUAAAUAAAAAAAAACAAACAACAAAACAACAAACCAAACCCCGAAGUUUUCUCCCCAAGGACUGAGACCAUUCCACAAACUGAAGUGCUGCCAGCAGCAUAUGCUUUUUGCAAGAAUAAUUGAAACCAUUAACUGGAGAGCACAGAAUUCUUUUGAAAGUCUGCCAGUUAUUUGCAAGUAACUUCGGCAGUGGCACAAAAAUAUAACACUUAUAUUUUAACUUCUACAAUUGCACUUUUAGGAGCUGGCCUCUAAUUUGAUUUUCAGUUGAUUCUGAUAAGAUUUCUAUUUUAUGAUUGGCUUUAUGUUUAAUUCUUGUUUAAACAAACACGAUUUGACUUAAAUGAAAACCUAAGUGCUGAUGAAUAGGAGUUCUACCAAAGCAACAAGUUAGUUAUUUCUUCACGUUUAACUUGAAUUCACUUUUUUACCCUUUUUUAAAAAAAGAAAAAAAAAAAAAAGAAGAAAAAAAAAAAGAAGAAGAAAAAAAUAAAGAUCAGCAGUAAAUAUUGCCCUGAAAGAAGGGCUGCAUUUUAAUUUUUUUUGGGUUGUUUUUUUUUUGUUGUUGUUGUUGUGUUUUGGGUUGUUUUUUGGUUUUUUUUGUUUUUUUUAAUAUGGCUGUGAACGUUUCCCUGGUUCGUGAUACAAAAUGGCUGACGUUAGAAGUGUGUCGAGAGUUUCAGAGAGGUACUUGUUCUCGGUCUGAUGCAGAGUGCAAGUUCGCCCAUCCGUCACGGAGUUGCCAUGUGGAAAAUGGUCGAGUUAUUGCCUGCUUUGACUCCCUGAAGGGCCGGUGUACCCGAGAGAACUGCAAAUAUCUCCACCCUCCCCCACACUUAAAAACACAGCUUGAAAUCAAUGGACGCAACAACCUGAUCCAGCAGAAGACAGCAGCAGCCAUGUUUGCUCAGCAGAUGCAGUUCAUGCUACCGGGCGCUCAGCUACAGCCAAUUACAACAUUUCCUGUGACUCCAUCGCUUGCAACGAGCCCCACGAUGGCUUUUAGUCCCUACCUGAGUCACGUUUCUCCUGGGAUGGGCUUGGUUCCUGCAGAGCUUUUACCAAAUACUCCUGUCCUGGUUUCCGGAAAUCCUACUGUUACAGUUCCAGGAGGCUCUGCUGGGCAGAAACUGAUGCGUACGGAUAAACUGGAGGUUUGUCGAGAGUUUCAGCGUGGAAAUUGCACACGUGGUGAAAACGAUUGCCGCUAUGCUCACCCCAUAGAUAUUGCAAUGAUAGACACAAAUGAAAAUACUGUUACAGUUUGCAUGGAUUACAUCAAAGGUCGAUGCUCUAGGGAGAAAUGCAAGUACUUUCAUCCUCCUGCACACCUGCAAGCCAAAAUCAAGGCAGCUCAACACCAGGUGAACCAGACAGCUGCAGCUGCAAUGGCCCUGCCGCCUGGUGCACUUCAACCUUUACCAAAGAGGCCAGCACUUGAAAAAAACAAUGGUGCCACCACAGUCUUUAACCCAAGCGUUUUCCACUACCAACAGGCUCUAGCCAACAUGCAGUUGCAACAGCCUACAUUCAUCCCCACAGGGUCAGUUCUGUGCAUGACACCCACUGCAAGCGUUGUGCCCAUGAUGCACGGUGCUACGCCCACCACUGUGUCUGCAGCAACAACUCCUGCCACCAGCGUCCCCUUCGCUGCAACAGCUACCGCCAAUCAGAUAUCCCAGUUAUCAGUAGAUGAACUGAGUAGCAGCAUGUUUGUUUCACAGAUGUAGAAGUUCCCGUAAGAACACAGACCACGUUGAAAUUCUGAACAGUAAAAUUAUGGAGCACCAGGACUUCUUGGUGGGAAGCUGCGCAUGGCCUUUCUGUAUAUAACCCCUCUCCCCUCUAUCAUUCUCUACCACCUCUACAGUAAGCCUGUUGCAGCCUACAUGUUAACCAAAAACUGAUCAAUGGGAAUGUCAAAAAAAAAAAAGAAAAAAAAGAAAAAAAGAAAGAAAGAAAAAAAAAAAGCACUAUAGAAACAAUUAACAAACAGCGCUCUGUUAUAUGAGAUAUACAAGUAGAAAAUUAUAAUAGACUUUUAUAACACAUUACUUUAACACACUUAAUCAUUUUAUGACUACCAUCCUGGUAAGUGCAUCUGCACAGAGGACUGUUGGUUUACUGUAUACUAUCGAUGGAUAAAUGUUUGUCUUGUUUUUAAAGUGUUAUCUUACUGUUUUGUUUACAUCAUAGUCUAUUGAUUUGUUUUAAAGUGUACAUCAUUAUCAAGUAUACUCAAUACCAUUUUUUCAUUAUUGUUAUGUCUUAAGUUUUCAUAUGCUGUAGGUUUUAUGGGGUUUUUUGUUUGUUGUUUUUUUUACUAAAAAUGUUAUUGUGGGAAACAGGAAUUAUGUGCUUGAAAAACUCGACACAGGAAUGUUCUGCCCUUUGCUGGAUUUUGCUGUUCGUGUCAGCUAAAGUUGCUUGUGUUGAAUGCUCCUUUUAUCAUUUAAAAUUUGCCUUCAGAUAGACUCUCCAAAUUUUUAGUACAAGUGGUAUGAAAGGACAGCUGUCAUUUUAGUCCAGUUCAGGGUAUUUCUUUCAAUACAAUGAGCUGAUUCUGGAAACUUUUGGGAAAAAACCCCACAAAGGCCAGGCUCAGGAAGGGGACAGGAGCGAUUUGCUCGGACAGUGAUGUGCAUCAAGGGAUUUCUGCAGUUCUGUUGUCCAUUGAAGUGCAUUCUCAGCUGCAAACGGCGCACAAUCUCUCUUGCUGUUCUCAUGGUGCAGUCAAAACAAACAAAUAGGUGGUGUGAAGUGAGGCAGCUUCAGCUGGUCAAAGGCUCGUUGCGUUGGAGAGGAGCAGACACCAGCCCUUGGCUGGGGUGGACCUGUAGCCAUGACUGAGCCCAAGCUGGGUUAACACCAUGCCAUGGGGUUUGUCUCCACUAAGCAUGCUGAAACAUUUCAGCCUGGAAUCUUAGGUGGCUCUCCUUGAAAUUUUGUCAGGGUGCACCAGUUAUUUAAUCACCAUUUUCCAUAAGUGGGUGAUUUCCUCCCCCCUUCCCCCAGGAUCUCUGGCUCUUUAAAGCAAACACAGCAGUAACAAAGCAGGAGAAAGCUCAGCAUAAGCUUUCUACUGUAGGUAAAUUUUCAUCUUAAUGGAGCUCCUGUCGGCCAGUGGAUUUAGUUUGGCACCUUCUACUUGAUCAAGAGCAAUGUUUGCUGCACAACAAGGGCUAGUUCUCAAUACCUCCUUUUCAUACGCACGAAUAAACAGAUUUCCAGCCCAUGCACCAUGGACAGCCCAGCCUGUCGUUAUGCUGCGUUGCUGAACAAUCUGGCUGCAGAAUGCAUUUUGGUUGAGGAUACAGCCAAAGCCAUCCCUGUCAUAGCUUUACAGCAUCAUUUGCAUUAUGGAAGAGAUGGAUUUGCUGCUGUAAAUCCCCAAACUCUGUACAAGGAGAAAGAAAAUCAUUAUUGAAACCAAGAAGCCAGCUCCCAGUGUCCUGAGGGCCAGCCACCCCCCGACUCACAGUGGUCCUUUAGGGUGUCAGAUUCUGACAGCCAGGUUUUCUUUUAUUUUCCAAGUUCCUUGGCCUUGGUUAGAGACUUUGCUUGCCCUCUCUCCUCUAGUGUGAGUGCAGAUAGUUUGGUGGAUGUUUCUCUCCAGGGACCGUAAGUGAUGGAGGGGCACCUAGAGCACAGCUCGUGUGUCCCAGAGCAGGCUCUGAGCAUCUGCCUGUGGAGACUCAUUCUCGUAGCAAGAACCAGCUCAAAAAGGCUUGGAGGCAGAAGGAAUCUCUCCAUUCAUUUAAGUAGGCUUUGAAACGAACCCUGAAAGGGGGGAAAAAAACAUCCUCCCCAAAAAAUCCUCCUUUAUGAACCCUGUCUUUUGACAGUCGCUUGUGUCCGUAGAUGUUCCCCAGCCAUCAGCAUUCACAAGCAGCAGUUGCCUGAAGUCAGUAACUCCUUAUAUUGGUGACCACAUACCUGUUCUUUUCACCACUGAGUUUCUGUUUCCCAAAACCAUAACAUUGUUAGUGGAAAAAAAAAAAGUGGAUUUGAGUACUUCCUGUUUGAAAUUAUUUGUGUAUCAACAAAUGGGUUUUGCACAACCUGUGCCAGUGCCUCAACAAAGAACAGAACUGAUCUUCUUAAGCCAGAAAGGAUGCAUUCAAGCUUGUAUGGCUUUAUGAGUUCAAGGAGGUUGGAAUUUUUUCAGUGCUAAAUGGAUUUUUGUAUAUCUUGACACUUUGAUGUAACCUCCUAUUUAUCGACUUAAACAUCUGGCAUAGAUGUGCAUAGAAUGUAAACCUAGAAUACAGCUGUUUUCAUGUCACAUUUAAAGCACUGAAAAAAAAAGAAAAAGCAUUUAAGGAUUAUUUUUUAUUAAAGAGGUCCAAUGAGGGAUGUUCAGGGUAGUUAUAUUAGGUGCCACAACAGUUUUUAUAUUGCUGGCAAAUUUAGAGUUAAUUUGUAAAUGAGUUUAAGGAAAGAAAAGCUUGAAGCACUAAACUUCACCAAAUUCAAAACAAUCUCGGCAAAAAAAAUGCCAUUUUGAGGUAGCACUAUUUAAACUAGUUGUGCAAUGACUUGCUCUAAUUUUCUUUGUUCAAGAAAGAAAAGAAAAGAAAAAACCAAGUCGCCAGACUAUAAAUUUCCUAAAUAGACUAUUACAAAGUCACCGAGCUAGUUAGUGACUCUAAACAAAUGUCAUAAAAGCAUGAAUAUCAUCCUUUAUUUGACAAGAGAUGUAUGUAAGUUUGUUUAAAUCGAUAUAAUUUUAGUGACAUUUUUAUAAGCUUCCCACUUUCCAUGAACCUAUAUUUUUUAUUUAUCCAAAGUUCUUUCUCUUUGUCCAUUUCUCUCAGCCUUAUGCAAACAAUAUGCAAGAAAUGCUGAAACUUGGAUAAAACGGGUCAUGCAGAGGGAAAAUGAAAGCUGAGAUUGAUCAUUUUCAUGGAAAAAAAGGUUGUUAGUAGUUUCAAGAAAAAAAGUACUACUACUAAACUGUAACAUAAGCAGACAAUAAAAGAGGGAUUUAAAAAAUAAAAUGGAUUCAUAAAACUAUUAAGAUUAUUUUUGUUAAAUACAGUGUUUUUUAGUAAUUUGAAACAUGAUUUCACAAUCAGCCAUGGUUGGUUUGUUGUUUGUUUGUGGGUUGUUUUUUUUUUUAAGUUGGAGAUUUUCUAGCUGAUGAUUUUUGACUCUGUAUUUUUGCAUCGCGAUGUUCUAGAACCCGUGACCUCCCUGGCCAGCCCCCUUCCCCAGCACUCCAAAGCUCUUUUCCUCUCUCACAUCCAUCCUUCCCACCUCUCACCGUGCUUGGAGUGUUCCCAAGGUGGCACCUCCGGGCUGGGCAGCGGCGCUUCAGGUUCCCUCCUUGGGUUCCUCCCCUCGGGGUGUCCUUCUGGAGGCACCAUCGGGGCAGCUGUGGAGAUGGGGAUGUGUCUGGUGGGGGCAGCUGGCCAGAGGAGGAGACGUGUCUACCAGGUGAGAUGUCUUCUCCUCCAGCUUCUGGGCUGCUGGCGGGGGUGUAAGAGUCGCUCUAGGCCACGCGGGUGCACGAUGAUUGAGAAACUGGAGUCCUCGUUUUGUUUAUCCCUUGUACAUUUCACAGACAUGAGAAUUGAGAAAGGUGAAAUUUAUGAGGAAAAUCUUAAUCUCCCAUUCCUGUUGAAUGGAUUUAGUUUGAUAUUGACCUGAUUUUACCAUGUGCCUGUUGAAGGCCUUAGAGUAUAUACUGUAUGUUAAAGACUGUAAUAACUUUAAAAACAAAGUUGAUAGCCUAAUCCAAAUGUAAAUAUAGCUACAACAUGUUGUUACUAGGCUACAACACAUUAAUUCAUGUCAUGUAUUUUCAUUUCUCUACCAUUAGUUUUUUAAGGUUUUCAUUAUUGCUUCUUUUGAUAUCUUUAGUAACUAACAAAUUUAAUUUUGAAGGAGAGUUAGAGAAGGUUUAAAAUUUUUAAUACAUGUGUUCAGCCCAUUUAGUAAUAUUCUAAACCAACACUGAAGCAUGGUAAGGGAUAGAAUACAGUCCAUAACUAGUUUGUAUAGUUUACAGUUUAAGAACAAAAUUAACUUUGUAUGUAACUCCUACAAUGAUAGAUUCAUUGUUAACUAAUUAUAUUAAGUUGUUGUUGCUAUGGCAACAAAACUACAACAUGGCUACCUUUGUAUACAUUAUUUGUGAAAUUUUCACAUGUAAAUUAAAAGUGAUGUGUAACAGUAUGAGCUUGUUAAAGGUACAGUUCGAUACUGUCAGAUAAAGAUAUGAUUGAAUAUUUUUAAAAUCCCAAAGUCCCAUGUGAACGCUGAAUCGGUGUCUUGAAACGUCACUUUUUCAGUCAAGAAGUUUACAACACAUGGAUUUAGAGUCAGGUUUUAUAGCUUGUAGAAAAUUGUUGUGUGGCAAGGGUUAUUCCACAGUAUUUUCACUCUGGAAACACGGCAGCCUGGAUUUAACCACGUAGCGACCGGUCUUGCUUUCAUUUCACGUUCAUCCACCGGGUGGCAACUCAGAAUCGACCCCUUCCAGUCCUGUAGCUCUGCCUGCAAUUUCCUGCUCUCCAGAAAAUUGAGCACUCACACCAUGACGUCACGAACCAGGGCUCAGAAUAGUGAAGCGUAGAACUGUUUUAAUACUCAUUUAUAUUAGCAAAAAAACCCACAAAAAACUGUACAGAAGAAAACAAAAAAUAUUGUGGAAUGACCCCGUAACAGUGUUGAAGAUACAAAUAUGCUGCAGUUAAACUGAUUCAGUUAGUGUACGAAUGUGUGAGACACACCUUUUUUGCACUUAUGUACAUAGUCCACGAAAGAAAUCCUUGGAACUUAUUUUGAAUAUAAAAAAGUCUGUAAUAAUACAGGAAAAGUUUGUAAAAGAGAUAGGUAUUACUAAGGCUUUGAAAAGGAGGAGUUUUUUGCUAUAAAACUUAUCUGAAAGCAUGAUGUUGCUUUGCUGUUGUAAAAGCUUUGUAGUUUGCCAUAGCUUAUUAUACAGCAGGCUGAUAACAGGUCAGCUCCAACCUGCAGCACAGAGGAAUGGGAAACCGUGCUCGAUUAAUUAGUAAGGUCACUAGCAAAGAUUGGAAUCGCUUCUCUUCUUUUUUUUUUUCUCCUCUGAAUCAGCCUAGAUUUUCCAGCCCACCCCGUGUCAUCUUGUAGGGUUGUGUUCUCAGUGAAUCCUGUUAGGACUGGUAGGUCCGUGGCUGCACACACACAUUUUUCCUGGCACCUAAUCCUGUUUGUGGCUGGAAGUGUUGACCUGUUUGAGGUGACUGCCAUGGCAGCGAGGGCUUGAAACCCCAGGGGGAACUGGAAAUGUUGCAACUUGCUGAAUUUUUUCUUUAUGUAUAUAUAUUUUGUUCAUCCUUUUGGGGCAAAGUAGCAAAAUGGAAGGGACAGCCAAGCAGUGGAUGGAGGAGGGUGGUUCUGGGUUCUCUUGGGCUGGUUUCCCCUGAGAUAAGAGAGCCAUGAUGGUGUUUGGAGGGAGCUGUGUGCCCUGUGGCUGUUGGGGCAGGGAGGUGGAGGCUGGUGGUGGCCAGCUUGGUGCUUCUGGCUGGGGUUAACCACCCCUUAGAGUUGCCACCAGAAGAGAGAACAGCUGAGGUCCCCUCAGCCUGCUGAGCAGCCUCUUGGUUCCUUUUCCAGUGGGUUGGUGGAACCGUCAGGGCUCUGCAGUUCUGAGGGGAAUUUUGGAGAAGCUGAAGUGUCUGUGUUGACCCAUUUUUAUUUUUUGAUUGGAAGAAGGUUUGGGGGUUGUUGUGGUGUUUUUUUUUAGUUUGUUUUGUUUUUUGCAAAGCCCAAGCCCCAGGUUUGCCUCAGAAAGGUGACUGGUUUUGCCACAAGGCUGGUCCUGACCCAUGAGCAGCCCAAAGCAGAACCAGUGGCUGGUGGCACCUGGUGCCAAUGUCUCCUUUUGCUGCCCAUUGCAGGGUUGGGGGCUGAGGUGUCACUGCCACGUGCAAGACCUGCUCUUUGGCCACCCCUGCUGCCAUCGUGGAGGUUUCCAGCUCCUGGUGAUAGCAACAAGUGCCCAUCCAGCCCAUCCUGCACCCCCUGGGGUUUGUGUCAGCGGGUGGUUCAACCUGAGGGCUGCAGCAUCGCUGUCCUCGGCCUCCUCAAAAGAGGGGAGUCAGAUGUUGCCUCUUCCUGGGUGUUACAGCCACCUAGAUUUUAAUGCGAAACAAUCAGCUCAUUCUAGCUGAUUCUACCUUCUAAUUAAGGUUUCCCUUUGCCAUAAUCAGUUUUUGUGGUCAAGGUCUUUCUCAGUUAUGGGAUGAUGGGAGAAAUGUAUUUUGCACUAUGUGACAUGAACCGUAGCUGGUCAGAUUUCUUUCCGUUGGGGUAUGAGCAUGAUCAUGACACCACUGCUAAAAUCUUUGCUAGUGAUCUUUACUGACAUCCUCUAAUCAUCAAAAAUAACUCUAUCUGCCUCUCAAAGGAGAUAUUUAAACUUGCAAAAAAUAACACAACUGUUAAAUAAAAUGAAGUUAUUUUUCCAAACACACAACAGAGAGAAAUUACCUGACACCAAAUUACAAGGUUCCAGUUCUUUAUUACUGUACACAGAUGCUAUUUGAUAGUGGUGGAAGCCAAAUGAUUUUGUUGCCAUGGCUUUUGUAUCCUAGCAGAUGAGGGGAUGAUAAGACCAUUCUUAGAUUGGAUUAUGGGAUUUUUUUGUUUCUUUUUCUUUCUAAUUAGCUUUGUUUUAAUUAUAUUUUUAUUUUAAAUCAUGCAAACAAACCGAGACUCCCACGCUCUUAAUUAUACCACCUGACAACAGAUCAUUAUUUUUUUAAUAGGGAAUUGUAUUUUAGGCAAUCACUAAAAUCGGAGAGAGAGUGUUCUCCUAAAUUGUAAAUUUUUUAAUUUAAAUAUAUAAAAACACUUAUACUGUACUGUGUAAAGUAGAUCUUUGAAGCACAUUCUUCUUUUCAUAGGCAUUUCUGGUGAAACCAAGUAAGGGAAAUACUAGGUAUCAAUUUAAUGGUAUAGUUUAGACAAUAUAUACAAACAGUAACAGUUAGCCCUGUGGAAUUGUAAGAAAUUAAAAUAUCAUCAGAUCCAGACAGGCGUAGGCUAAUGCAAUAUUUCAGUUCCAUAACAUGAUAGUUCAUUCCCUCAACUGCUACCAACAGGGUGUAUGCUUUGACUUUCUUUUGGCCACGUUAUAUUGCUGUAGUGCUUGUACGUGCUUUAGAACUGUGCAUAAUGCUACUCAUUUUAGUAUGUUACUUCUAUAUUGUUAUUGUUUAUUUUUUUGAUCUUUUAAUAAAGUGUAUAAAAUUCUUGGUUA